GUCCCGUCAGGCGCCGCGCGGGGUUAGCGCGGGGUCAGCGGGGGUCAGCGGGGGUCAGCAGCAGCGGCUCCGAGGGCGCGGCGGACGCAGGGCAGGAUGUACACGCUGCUGUCGGGCUUGUACAAGUACAUGUUUCAGAAGGACGAGUACUGCAUCCUGAUCCUGGGCCUGGACAAUGCUGGGAAGACGACCUUCCUGGAGCAGUCGAAAACCCGAUUUAACAAGAACUACAAGGGGAUGAGUCUAUCCAAAAUCACCACCACCGUGGGUCUAAACAUCGGCACUGUGGAUGUGGGAAAGGCUCGGCUCAUGUUCUGGGACUUAGGAGGGCAGGAAGAGCUGCAGUCUUUGUGGGACAAGUAUUAUGCGGAGUGUCACGGUGUCAUCUACGUCAUUGACUCCACCGACGAGGAGAGGCUGGCUGAGUCCAAGCAGGCGUUUGAGAAGGUGGUGACCAGCGAGGCGCUGUGCGGUGUCCCCGUCUUGGUGCUGGCCAACAAGCAGGAUGUGGAGACGUGCCUCUCAAUCCCUGACAUCAAGACGGCCUUCAGCGACUGCACCAGCAAGAUCGGCAGGCGGGACUGCCUGACCCAGGCCUGCUCGGCCCUCACAGGCAAAGGGGUGCGUGAGGGCAUCGAGUGGAUGGUGAAGUGUGUCGUGCGGAACGUGCACCGGCCGCCGCGGCAGAGGGACAUCACGUAGGCGCAGCCGCGCUGCCGUCGGGACGGCUGGUCCCCUGGUGCUGGAGGAGUGGCCUCCUGUUGGCUCCCAUGCUGCUGAUCUUGGGGGUGGGUUUGCUUUGCUUUGGGGUUCUUCUAUUUACUUUGUUUUCUCGAAAACAAACUUUCCUCUAUGUCUGGAAAAGCGUAGGCAUCCGGAGGCUUUGGAGGGGAGUUUGGCAGCCCGGCUGGCCCAGGCCCUGCAGCGGCAGCCUUUCCACAGGGCGCAGCGGUGGCCUUUCGAGGCCCUGUCUGGGGGGUCUGAGGGAGACCUGGUUGGGAAUUGGGGCUCCAGUGCUCAGGCUGGCUUGGGCUGCAUGAGGACAGCCCUGUGGGACCCUCGGGAGACCCCGUGGCUGUCUGUCCGCCCCAUUGAGGAGGAGGCCUGUCAGCCAUGGCUGCCAUCUGGCUUCUGCCCUGUGACCCCGUGACCCUGGAAGUGGUCUGGGGCUGAUCUUGCCUUGAGGAAGACCCAGGCCAUGUUCCCAAAGGCCAGCGGGGGCCCUGGAUUGUGAUGCAGCCUCUGGACAGGGCUGAGGAGGCCUGUGGGGGAAGACAUAUACCCGACGCCUGGGCCUGGCUUCACCUCAUCUUAAUGCCCCGGGAGGGAGCUGACUGAUGCAAAAAGCUGAGGGGGCCUGCUGGGAGUGGCUGUUUUUAUGCCCCAGCCCUGCAAGUUGGGGAGUGUUUGUGGGGGUCCAGAGCCCUCCCCCAGCCAGGAGAGAACCUCCUGGAGGGGUUCUCUAUGGGGCCCUGUGUCCCCUGCUCGGGAGUAAGGCUGGUCCUGGGGUCCUCCUUGCACAGCCCCCACUGGGCCUGCCGAGUGCUGUGUUCUUCCUCAGUCUGGCUGUGGGCAGGAGCCGCCUGCCCAGUGCCACCCAGGGUGAGUGCAAAAUAAAGACGGCGAGUGUG